UUGAAAUAUUUAGAAGGUAGGUUGGAUUUGAGGGUGGAUAAAAUGAAGACGGCAAUUCAUAGUGCAGUAUCUGAGAAUAUUAGUUUUCUAGGUAUGGAACUACAGGCAGUUCCACCUUCAGUUUUGCAUCCUCCCAUGACAGAGAAAGCAAUUAGGGCACGGAAGAAGUACCUUAGGCAGAAGGAAGUUAGAGUUUUAGAGUUUAAAAAUGCUAGAGAGAGGAAUAGAAAGAUACUGGGGAUGAAGAUAUUGCAGCAUGUUUUUAAGAAGUUGAAGCAAAGUGAUGGGUUUAAAUUUGACUUUCAAAUUGAAAAUGAGGUUCGAGAAAUCUUCAGAACUUGGACAGAUGAAGUGGUCCAAGAUUUCUUGGGUUCCUUGGAAGAGCGUUGGGAAUGGCAUCGGAUGCUCACAGCAGGUGAUUUUCUCUCUUUAAGGCACAUUAGAGAUCAAUUACCCCAAGAGCUGGUUGAUGCUUAUGAUAAGUUCCAAGAGCAAGUUGACAAAGUAUUUGAGUCCGGUCCAAGCUAGAAAGGCAUUAGAGAAAGAAGAAAAGAGAGUGGAGGAGGAAGAGGAACGGAAAUAUGCCAAGAGAACGGUUGAGGAUUUGACGAGGCUGUGUAUGAAAGUUGUUGCACCAAUAA